AUGCAUUACAUACGGCUCCUCCGAGCCCCGAAGCUCACCUUUCAGGAGGGCAAGAAGAACCCCUGGUCUCUGAACCUAGUGCUCACCGUCACCACCGAUCUGGGCGACUCGUUCCUCGCUCACGAUGAGCCAGUCAAGAUCAAGGUCGCCCUCGGCUGGGAGAACCCUCGCAGUGCUAAGCAGAAGCCGGCCCCGAUGACGCUUGCGGGAGAGAAGACGCUGCAGUGGACGUCUGGCAUGCGGGUUCUGAAGGCAGACUUCCCGGCUCAGCACCUGAAGCCUGAGCGGAACCUUCCUUCCGGCGAGACUCCCUUGAGGGUCUAUAUUGCAGCUGGAUCCGGGUUAUCUGCGGAGACGGCGGCGGAUGUCGCGAUGGCUGGGUUCAACGGCGAGGAGGGGAAGAUUGUGCCUCUCUGGGCGAAUGUGGACGUUCCGACCCAGGGCUACAAAGCAUAUGGGGAUUCCCCCGGUGCGCCGACGACCUGUUUCCGUCGCCUGCGGCUCGGGAGUGAGCACCAUCCGUACAUCGUGGUCGAGGAGGACAUCGGCGAGAGCAUCGCGCGUCACGUCUGGGAUGCUGGCAUGAUGGUCGUCUCGCGGCUAUGGCUGCUCUGCAACGGCGACUCUGGCACGGCUGCAGGCCAUCCUUUGGGCAUGAGAACCCUCAAGUCUCUCUUGUUCGGCAACAAACCCGUCAAUAUCCUCGAGCUUGGGUGUGGCGUCGGUAUCUUUGGUCUCGGACUUGCUCGUAUGCUGGGCCGGGAGACUAUAUCGAGAAAGGGUCGACUUGUGAUCACGGACCUCUCCGAAGCCGAGGAGCGAGUUCUGUCCAACAUUGAACUGUCGAGAAGCAAUCACACUGAGCCGCAGUUCGAAGAGCUUGACUGGGAUGAAGGCCGAGACGGCUUGUUCGGGCCACUUGUCGAAGACACGCACUGGGAUCUGAUCGUCUUGAGCGACUGCACCUACAACGCCGAUGCGCUGCCUUCUCUGAUUGAUACUUGGUCAGCUAUUCACAAGCAAAACAACGCAAUGGCCGAAGAUAAACCAGUUGUCACUCGAGUGUUGGUGGCGAUGAAAGUCCGCCACGCUGACGAAGAUCGACUGUGGGAACUGGUCAAGAACGAUGGUUGGGCGGUUACGGAAAAGGCCGCGAUGCCACUGCCAAUGUUGGGCGGGGAGCCACAGGAGAUCUUCUUGUAUCUCUUUGAGAACAGGAGACGGAUGCUUCCUGAUGGCUACGUCUAG